AUGAGCUUGCAGCCGAGGAGAGAGCUGAACAUUGUCGUUCUGGGCGCAGGUGGUGUGGGCAAAAGUUGCCUGACGGCUCAGUUCGUGCAGAAUGUCUGGAUCGAAAGCUAUGACCCAACAAUCGAGGACUCGUAUAGAAAGGUCCUCAAUGUGGAUGGCCGGUCGGUGAUGCUCGAGAUUCUCGACACAGCAGGCACAGAGCAAUUUACAGCAAUGCGAGAGUUGUACAUGAAGCAAGGUCAAGGCUUUUUAUUGGUCUUUUCUAUCUGCAACAUGAACUCUUUCCACGAGCUGUCUGAGCUCCGCGAGCAAAUCAUCCGAAUCAAGGACGACGACGACGUGCCUCUGGUGGUAGUCGGGAACAAAUGCGACAUGGAGGAGGAUCGCGUUGUCCCUCGAGCCAAUGCUUUCAAGAUCGCCCAGCAAUGGGGCUCGAAGCCCUACUACGAAACUUCUGCCCGGCGGCGUGUUAAUGUUGAUGAAGUCUUCACCAACCUGAGCCGCCAAAUCAUUCAGAAGGAGAGCACCGGUCGCGGUGGAUUCGGAGACUAUCCAAAUUCCCCCGCCGGUCUUGGGAGCUCGAGACCUGGGAAGGAGCAUCGGAAGCGGCAUCGGCGUCGAGAUCGAUGCACUAUAUUGUGA